GAUGGCAGGGUGGAGAGGCCUGUCAAAUGUUGCCCAGUGAAAUUUUCAAAAUUUCGCACAACUUUGCUCAAAGAAGCUCAUAAAAAUGGGCUCUUUUGCAAGCCGACAGAACGCCGGACCCGAGGAAGUAGACGUUUCCUCUAACCAUGCCUACAAAUACCCUCCACGAUCAGGAAAUUAUUUCGGAUGUCACUUUAUCAUGGGUGGUGAGAGGUUUGACACACCGCAGCCCGAAGCCUAUUUGUUUGGAGAAAAUUCUGAUCUGAAUUUCCUGGGCAAUAAACCAACACCUUUUCCAUAUCCACCUCCUCAAGCUGCCGAGCCGACCAAGACUCUGAAAAGCUUAAUCAACAUCAGAAAAGAGUCUCUCAGGUUUGUCAGAAUUGGCUCCGCAGACAACAUGGCUAAGGGGACUGCACAGGACCCUAAGAGUGAGGACUCUAGUAGAUUCACCGUUGAGUUCACCUUUGACUGCGAUUGUAGAUGUGCAAUUACGAUUUUUUAUUUGUGCCAAGAGGAGGUAACCCCCAUGGGCGCAACUUAUGUAUCCAGCAAUCCAACUUUGACUUCGGAGACUUUCCAUUACAAGAAAGGGUCUGGCCAGACCUUUUGCCAACCUUCUCACUCAUUUAACCCUUCCGUUUUAACUGAGGACCAGCUCAGCUACAACAUGGAGCGAGAAAUUUGUCCUGUGGCAAUCCAUUGUGUUGCUGAAGAGCCCGCUGAUGAGCCACGCCAGUCACACACAACUAUUGCAGUCAUCGAUAGACACCCUGAUGGAACUUUUGGGCUGAGAGCUCUCAAGCAGAAGCUCUAUGUGGAUGGACUGUGCUAUUUACUGCAAGAAAUCUAUGGCAUUGAGAAUAAGAACAACGAAAAUAAGGGUUCAAUUGACACUGAUACGGAAGACAACGGAAGUGAGUGUGUGAUUUGCAUGUGCGACGGGCGAGACACUCUGAUCUUGCCCUGCCGCCAUUUAUGCCUGUGCAACAACUGUGCAGACUCACUGAGAUACCAGGCCAACAACUGCCCCAUCUGCAGGGCGCCUUUUCGAGCACUCUUGCAAAUAAGGGCUUUGCAAAAGACAAACAAUCAAACUCUUCCGAUUGCAUCAGCAGUGGCUGGUAACAACGAGAGCUCACUUGGAGCAGUUCCAGCCGGAUAUGAGGCGGUUUCUCUUAUUGAGGCGCUGAACGGUCCCGUGCAGACCAUUCGACCCUCGCACCCACCUCUGCUUUCAAAGAGGGAAAGAGCUGCGGCUGGUGAAGCUGAAAAUUCUUCAGCCACCCAAGCUGUAGAUGCGUUGAGCAAAUCAAAUUCAGAGCUACAGACCUCAAGAUCUGGUGACCUCAAAGAUAAACUCAGCCCAUCAUCAGAUGGGCCUGCUACCGAAUUUCGUAUGACUAGUUUGCCCAGUCGUGAUAAAGACCUUGGACAAGAAUCAAAAGAGACUCGUAAAGCCACUUCACCAACUACGACCUCGUCUGCCAAGAGGCCUUCACGAAGGGAAAAGGGUCUCAAGGUCAGGGACAGGGUCAGAGUUGUGAAUGAGAAGAGGGAGGCUGGAGAGCACUCAGAAAAUGAAGCGGACAGCGAAGCUGAGAAGCUCUCUCCGUUGCUGGAUGCCAGUACUAGCACUGACCCCAUCGUGUGCUCGAGUCCUGUCCAAAGCCCUAGGGGAGACAAGCCACCAAGAGGUGCACUCAAUGCUUGCCAUCCAGCUGUACAUACAGCCCAUGGAACAACCGCUGCUGAUGAUACAGAGUAUUAUGGAACAGAAGAAAAGAACUCUAGCUUCAAUCGUGACGAAAAGCCUGAAAAUUCUCGAUCUGUGGCACCUGCAAUUUCUGCUGGUAACACACCUAUCAGGACUCCAGGAACGCCUCUUAGUGCCGCUACGAGUCACAGGUCCAGUGGUGACAGUUUCAGCUCUAGCAGUUCCACCCGUCAACUACUUCCUCCCAUUGCAAUUGUUAGUGGAGCGGCCACUUCUGGUGCUACGAGCCAACCUCCUGAGUCGUCCAAAUCUCUCGAUGACAUUGCCAUGGUUUGAUGAAGCUUCGAUCUGAUAUUUGUGUAAUAUCACUGCUUCCUCUUUUUUUGAACUUCAAAGAACAAUUAUUUUGACUUAUUGUGUACGGAUUGAGAUCCACAAGAUGUAUGUGAUUUUACAAAUAACUGCAAUACCCCUUGAAAAAUGAUAUGCAUUACAGUAAUCAGUGUGAUCCGAGUAAUUUACAAGCAUCCCAGCAUUUGAUAUUAUAUACUAUCUAUAUGUAACUGGAAAAUGAGUUAUUAGUUAUUAUUUUCAAAAUGAUUGCAUAGUAAAGACAAGUACAUUUAUUUUUUUUGUACCUUACUAAAAUUAAGUUCAAUGCCGAUUUUUUUUGAACUUGUGUAUUAUAUGUUAAAAAAUAACAGCUUCUACAAAAAUUGUAGGCAUGCAAAUAAAAGAUGAUUAACUAUAAUUAAAAAAA